CUCAAAGAAGAUGAAUUUGGCUGAGAUUUGUGAUAACGCUAAAAAAGGAAGGGAAUACGCACUUCUUGGAAACUACGACUCUUCUAUGGUUUAUUAUCAGGGUGUCAUCCAGCAAAUUCAGAGACAUUGUCAGUCAAUCAGAGACCCUGCACUGAAGGGCAAGUGGCAACAGGUUCGGCAAGAAUUAUUGGAAGAAUACGAGCAAGUAAAAAUCAUUGUCAAUACUUUAGAGAGUUUUAAAAUAGACAGACCUACAGAUAUUCCAGUAUCUUAUCAGGAUGAAUCAUUUAGGGAUCCAUCUGUUUGGCCACCACCUGUUCCAGCAGAGCACAGAGCCCCACCCCAGAUAAAACGACCCAACCGAGAAGUGAAACCCUUGAGAAGAGAAUCACCAGGGUUGCAGCGAGGCCCUGUGGGCAGAGCUCAACCAAUCUCAAAAAAUGAGAAACCUGCCAGCAGCCGAGAGAGGGAAGCUAAAGCUAAAGGAAAAGAUGAGAAGGGAAAGAAGAUUUCUCAGGAUGGCGCUGGUGAUAGCGAUAUUCAGAAAUUUGAUGGUGCGGGAUAUGACAAAGAUCUGGUUGAAGCUCUUGAAAGAGACAUUGUGUCGAGGAAUCUAAGUACUCAUUGGGAUGACAUCGCAGAUUUGGAAGAAGCCAAGAAAUUAUUAAGGGAAGCAGUUGUUCUUCCCAUGUGGAUGCCAGAUUUUUUCAAAGGGAUCAGGCGACCUUGGAAGGGAGUGUUGAUGGUUGGUCCUCCAGGGACUGGCAAAACCAUGCUAGCCAAGGCUGUUGCCACAGAAUGCGGGACAACCUUCUUCAACGUGUCUUCCUCUACUCUGACGUCUAAGUACCGAGGUGAAUCUGAAAAGUUAGUCCGCUUGUUAUUUGAAAUGGCCAGAUUUUAUGCCCCUACCACCAUUUUCAUGGAUGAAAUAGACUCUAUCUUCAGCCGCAGAGGCACCUCUGAGGAACACGAAGCAAGCCGCAGGGUCAAGUCUGAGCUGCUUGUUCAGAUGGAUGGAGUAAGCGGAGCUCUUGAGAAUGACGACCCAUCCAGAAUGGUGAUGGUGUUGGCUGCCACCAAUUUUCCCUGGGACAUUGAUGAAGCUUUAAGAAGGAGGCUGGAGAAAAGGAUUUAUAUACCAUUGCCGACAGCGAAAGGCAGAGCAGAGUUGCUUAAGAUUAAUCUCCGGGAAGUAGAUCUGGAUCCUGACAUUAACCUGGAAGAAAUUGCUGAGAAGAUUGAAGGCUAUUCUGGUGCUGACAUUACUAAUGUCUGCAGGGAUGCCUCUUUGAUGGCAAUGAGGCGGCGUAUUAACGGUUUAAGCCCUGAAGAGAUUCGCGCACUAUCUAAAGAAGAGCUUCAGAUGCCCGUUACCAAGGGAGACUUUGACCUAGCUCUGAAGAAAAUCUCUAAGUCUGUUUCAGUGGCCGACUUGGAGAAAUAUGACAAGUGGAUGUCGGAAUUUGGAUCUGCUUAACCUCGGGGAUGUCUCUUCCCAGUGGAUUGUAGCUUUCCCAUUUUAAAAUGUUAAAGAGGCAUAGAAAUCUUGAGUUUUACCUAUGG